GCAUCAUGGCUCUCUGUAAAGAAAGUUCAGAGGAGAACAGAGGACUUGUGAAGAACUGAACAACUCAAGAAGUUACGAUUAACAAAAUUGUCCGCUAAGCAGAAGGGAUCAAGGAUCUUGUUUUUUUAACAUUUCCCUCCAGUCAUCGCCAUCAAAAUGGAAACAUGAAGAAGUGAAAGGUGUGACUAAGCUGCAGCGCUAUUAUUAUCCUGCACAUCGGCAGCUUUUGGGCAAGGAUGAGGGAUCUUCAAGCCAUUGACAGCUUGCUCCUGACAGAGCUGAAGUCAUGUCGUGCAAAAGAGUACAACUUUCUUCCCAGGGAGACUGGCCUGAAGCUGAUGGAGUCGGCUUCCACAGAGAAUCACAGUGGAGUGUCUGCGAAAUGCAGAGACACCAGAGUGGAAGAACUGUGGGGCCUGACUAGUUUCUUCGGCUACAGCACCCAGACUUUUGUUCAAGCUGUCAAUUUGCUUGAUAGAUUCCUCACCAUUAUGAAGGUGCAGCCCAAACACUUGCCCUGUAUUGGAGUCUGCUGUCUUCACAUUGCUGCCAAAAUGGUUGAGGAAGAGAGCAAUGUCUCACCCACCCAUGAACUAAUUCGCAUCAGCCAAAGCAAGUUCACUGUGUCAGACCUGUGUCGUAUGGAAAAGAUCAUCUCAGAGAAGCUCAGUGUGGAGCCUGAAGCAGUGACCGCCUUAACCUUUCUACACCUCUACUACUCAGCCUUCACAUCCCUGUCUGCUGGAAGGGAGGAGAUCCCAAGCAUUGGGAGACUGGAAGCCCAGCUAAAAGCCUGCUUAUGCCGGCUUGUUUUCUCUAAAGCAAAACCAUCAGUGCUGGCACUGUCCCUAAUUGCUCAGGAGUUUGAAGCCCUCCAGUCCAUCACCUUGUUGAAGAUUGUACAGCAAUUCCAAAGACACCUAAAGAUCGGCGACAGCGAGCUGCUCCACUGGAAGGAACUUGUGGCCAAAUGCAUGACUGAAUACCGCUCAAGUGAAUGUAACAAACCAGACAACAAAAAGCUUGUUUGGAUCGUUUCCAGGAGAACAGCUCAGAAUCUUCAGGCCAAUCACUUCAGUGUACCCGGCCUGCCAACUAUUCCGGAGGGGAGCUGGGACGAGAGCGAGAGUGAGGACUCCUGCGAGGACAUGAGUUGUGGAGAAGACAGCCCCUGCGGCUCUCCAGGAAGCGACGGCGAAGGAGCCUUCUUCCCCUCCGCCUUCCUCCGCCGCAAAAAUUAACGAGUCCUCAUUGUGCAGUAGUGACGGAUGUGUUUUUGUCCCCUGAACUGUUUCUGAUGUAAGGUGGUCGCCAUGUUUCUGAGCAAACCUGCGUCUUCACUUGUCAGGCCACCGUAGGUACGACGAGUGACAGGUUUCAAUCAUUAAGUGCCUGUGUUGAUUCAGUUUAACGUCUGUUUCUUUUAUUUUGAAAACAAAAAAAAAACAACAUAUCGUAUAAAUGCAAAAUAGAAAAUUGCAAUAUCUUGGCAGCUUGAUGGUAACGCGUCUGAAUGUCUUUUUUCGAAGAUGUUUGUUUGUGUCCGAGCUCGGCACAUUCCAGGAAACGCAGUGAAGCACAACGGAGAACUCGUGUAUGUCAGUCAUGAGGUACACUCACUGUUGAAUACCAGCUAACACACUAGCACAUCCUCAGUCUUUUUUUAAAACCUGUUUUUAUACUUAAUACCUUUACGUAAACACAGUAUUCUGCCAGCGUAUGUAAUACGUACACUAUCCUAAUGUGACAUAUAGGACAUUGUAGUGUGAAAAUACCAGACUGUAUAUGCAUGGAUACAUUGAAAUAAGUGAUUUUUGAAUGGAUGUUGUUCAUGUUUACCAAAAUAAGCUCACUGUAAAGAAAAAAUGUUUAAAAAAAAAUGUAUAUAACGUGUAAAAAAGAAGUAAAAAAUUUUAUGUUUUGUGAAUGCUGCAUAAUGUGUGUUGUAUUUGGAUAUGAUGUGAAAUAUGUUGGAAGGGUCAGAAAUAAUCCUUCCUCAUUAAAAAAAAGUACUUUCUUA